GCUCAGGAGGGGACAGAUGUGGCAGCACUUUGCACAUCCCUGGCAUGAGCCCAGAGGCAGUGGGCAGGAGGGAGGUGAUGGAGCCAGGAUUCACACCCAGAGGCAGUGGGUGGGAGCAAAGCCCAGUAGCAGCAGCUUCACUAUUGCUUCAAAGCAAUUGCCAGCCCAGAGGCAAGGCCAUGGAGGGUGGUUGGUUGAGGCAAAGCUGCUGCCCUGAGGGAGGCAAAGGCAGUGCCCGUGGGCGCUCAGCCCUGUGGGUUCCGGUCCCCUCCCAGCCCAGUCAGGCCUGGGGGCACCUGCUGGGGCAAAGGGAGCUGAUCAGGGACCUGGCCAAAAGGGGUGACAAGGAAAAGAGGGAAACAGCAAGGGAUGUCUCCAGUGACACAGAUGUGUCCAGCAAAGGACAGCAGCUCCUGCAGAGCUCAGGGGCUUUAUCACCCCCCUGCAGCUGCAGGAGGGAGGGGCCGUGUGGCAGAGCCUGUGCUGCAGACAGGGCUGGGCACUGCAGGAGCAGGAAGAGCAGCCAAAUUCGAGUGUUACAUGAGGUCACACGUGGGCUGGAAGCUUCAGGACGGGGGGGCCAUUGCCCAGAGGAGGGGAGGGAGAAGCUCCAUGGAGUGGUCCCCCAGACACACUCCCAGUCCCAGCUGUGCUCUCCAGGCCAUCCAGCCCCUCUGCACUGUGCUCUGCUCACUCAAACAAGCUGCAAGUGCUGGGCAAGCUCAGGCCAGCCAUGAGCUGAGCAGGAGAUCAGGGCAGUGGGGAGCAGACUGAAGACCUGCCAACUCAUCCCAAACCUCCCUUCCUGCAGCCAACCUGCAGGCAGUCUCCGAGUCCUGCCAUUGUCACUUUCAACAGGGAAUCCUUCCUGCCCUGCUGUUGAUUUUCUGUACAUAUGCUGGCAUCCAGGCUGGAGAGAGAAGAGAGUGAGACCUUGGGGAAUGAGGUGGAGGAGAUGAGUGGAAGAGCCGACGUGACCCUGGACCCAGACACCGCCAACCCCUUCCUGAUCCUGGCCGGUGACCAGCGAAGGGUGGGCCGGGGGGAUGAGUGGACGUCGCUGCCCAACACCCCCGAGCGGUUCGACACGGAGCCGUGUGUGCUGGGCAGGCAGGGCUUUGCUGAGGGGAGACACUGCUGGCAGGUGGAGGUGGCUGAGGCGGGGGACUGGUGGGCUGUGGGGGUGGCCCAGGAGUCUGUCAGGAGGAAGGGGGUCCUGAGCUUUUCCCCCCAGGAGGGGAUCUGGGCCGUGGGGCAGUGGUUUGGACAAUACCACGCUUUUACUGACCCUGACUGGACCCCUCUGCACCUUGCCUACCUCCCCAGGGCCAUCCAGGUCUGCCUGGACUUCAGAGACAAGCAGGUAGCAUUUGCUGAUGCUGAAAAUGAAGCCCCGAUCUUUGCUUUCUGCCUGGCCUCGUGUCCUGGGGAGAGGCUGCACCCCUGGCUCUGGGUGGGGACGGGCUCAUGGCUCCAGCUGUGCCCCUGACACGUGGAGGGAGCACGGGGGGGCAGGGGAGAGACUGGAAAGGCAAACACCAUCACUGUGGGUCUGGGAACUGGUAGGGCUCUUCUGUGUCCUGCUGGCUUCUCCCCACGUGGUUCCUCUGGCCACCAAGCAGAGGACUGGCAGGUGAUGGAGGUGGAUGCCACCACAGAGCCUCCUUCAUCCCGCCCAGCCCUCAGCUGGGACUGCAGGGAGAGCACCGAGGCUCAGAGCAUGGAGGAGCUUGGUGCCAGGAGGGCCAAGGGCAGGCGGGUGGCACCGAGUGCCAGGGCACUGCAGAGCUGCUCUGUCCAAGGCCACGGAAAACACAGCAGGUAGUAAAAGGUGCUGGAGCACUGCCUCGGGUUUUUUUCUAUUAAGAUGAAGUUAAAAACCCUCAAGCAUGGCUGGGUGCUGAUGAUAACACUUAUCUUCCCCUCACACCCAAACCUCUCCUUGCCUCCCCUCCACUCGUCACUGGCACGUGCACCAAGCACAUUUCUUGCAGCAGGGCACUGGGAGCAGCUCUGGGGGCAGCCCAGGAAGGCAGGAACAAAGCUGAGCAGGGUCUGGAGUCCACAGGAGAGGCAAUUCCCACAGAUCUGCCGUUCUCUGAUCUCUCCCCAUCAAGGUCUCCUUUUCCUCACAUAGAACAGACUAGACUGGAAUAUUCCACUUGGAAGGGACCUAUAGUGAUCACCUCAUCCUGGCCCCUGCAGGGCUGACCAAAAGUAAAGCUUGUUACUAAGGCCAUCGUCCAAUUGCCUCUUAAACACUGACAGGCCUGGGGCACCAACCAGCUCUCGAGGAAGACUGUUCCAGACCACACUCUUGGUAAAGAAAUGCUCCCUCAUGUCUAAUUGGAACCUCCCUUGAAGCAGCUUUGAACCAUUCCCAGGUGUCCUGUCCCUGGAUUCCAGAGCUCAGCACCUCCCUCUCCAUAUCCCCUCCCUAGGAAGCUGCAGAGCAACAAGCCUCCUUUUCUCCAAAGGAGACAAGACCAGAGCCCUCAGCUGCUCCUCACAGGACAGCACUAGAUCUGCUCUGGAGAACUGGUAUUUUGCAGGAAGGGACAUUCAGAGACAUGCCAGACAUGGAAAGUUGGGGAGGUCCCAUCCCACAGGAUCCUGCUAAAUCCUGCCCUUAGGAGAGGAGAAGGUGAAUGUAAGUGAAGGGGAACCUUGUCCUUGGUCCAGCCUGGAAUUCCUCUUCAGGCUCAUUGCUGGUUGGACCCUCUUAGUGCCACCUCAGUUGUCAUCUUUGUGGUGGCACCUGGGCACAGGCAAGAGAAUUGGUCUCCCUGGUCUACUCCAGCAGCUGCAAAGAGUUGCAGCACUGGGUCAGGCCCAGUUAUCUUCCUCCAGAGCCCCGCUCUAACCCUCUUCCAAUGUGGUAGGACCAAGACUGGGGAAAUCCAUGGAUCUCUGCUCACAGCAGGGCAAUUCCUCCCCUCUGUGGGCAGGUGACAAGGGGCACAGGCUGGGCACAGGUCACUGGGUGGUGAGCAAUUGUACUGGACACCGCUUGCUCCUCUUGGGUUUUAUUUUUUUUAUUAUGAUUACUAUUGUCAUUAGUAUUAUCAUGUUUUACAUUGUUUCAAAUAUUAAACUGUUCUUGUCUCAACCCA